AGAGAGAGCAUGGAAGGUGGUUCCUGAGGGGAGUUUCCAAACUUCUCAAUGAGCUCCUUGCAGCUCUAAGCUCUGUGCAUUCUCUGUGUAACACACACACACACACACACAUACAUACUCACACAUACACACACACGCAGCACCCUCACGUACACACACACGCAUGGAGUCACACACACACAGCGAUGUCUGCAGUUGCGUGGACAGAGGCUGCAUGUCCAGCAUUCCUUUACUGCCCCACUGCUGCCAGAGGAAGACUGGAUGAGAAAAAAAGAGAAAGAGGGAAAGAACGACAGAAGCACAGAGAAGAAGGGGAGAAAAAAGAACGCUAAGACGGAUUGGAAAAUGGGAUAAGGAGACUGUGCGACAGAGGACGGAAAGAGAGAGAGAGAGUGUGUGUGUGAGAGAGAGAGUGUGUGCGUAUGUCUGUGUGUGUGAGAGAGAGGGAGGGACAAAGAAGACUGGAAGGGUGUCUGUGUGUGCAUGUGUGAGUAAGAGUGAAAAAGAGAAGACUGUAAGUGUGAGUUUGUGUGUGUGUGUGUGUGUGUGUGUAUGUGUGUGUGUGUAUCAUGGCCAAAGAGCGGUCCCGCAGGUGUGUGUUGCUGGGUGUGUGCGCGCUGCUGUGCGUCGUGUGUGUGUGCCUGCACGUCUAUGUGGAGCUCACCUGGUGGGGAGGUCAGGGGUCAGCCACCCGACUCCACCAGGCCGUCACCGCGGCAACGAGGAAGAGGAGAGUGUCUGAGGACGCACACACGUGGAGGAAGAACGCUUCGCUCUCCGCUGCCAAGACAGUGGGGUCCACAUGCUGUCCACCUCAGCGCCUGAGCAGAACGUAUCGCAGGUGGCGGAUAGAGCUGCAGCCGUGGGCUGGGGAGAGACACAGCCUGGAGGAGGAGGCCAAGAGAUUCCUACAGUACAUAUCUACUCCACAGAUUCAGUGUUCAAGGUCUAUAUUGGAUGCUGAAGAGCACUGGAGUGUGUGUGAGGAUGACCGAUUCAGUCUGGCCCGACGCAUCACAAACAAGCACUGUAGAGUGUAUUCAUUAGGUCUGGGUGCUGACGAGCGCCAGGCGGAGCGGGCCCUGGUGCGGGCCGGCUGCGAGGUGCACUGCUUCGACCCGAGCAUCUCGGAGGCGCACCUGCAGGAGUCGGAGCGCCUGUGGGUCCACCGCCUCUCGGUCGACUGGCGCGACCCCAACCCCGCCAUCUCGGGGCAGCGGCACCGCGCCAACACCAAGAAGCUCGCCACCAUCCUCGACAAAUUUGGACACCAGGAGGUGGACAUUCUGAAAGUCGACAUGGAGAGCGCUGAGUGGAAGAUUCUAGAGAACCUGGUUCUGGAGGGAGUGCUGAGCUCCGUGGGCCAGCUGCUCCUGGAGGUCCACCUGCACUGGGCCGGGUUCGAAGUGGGCGGGGAGGACUUUGACGUGGUCCGCUACUGGUUCAGUCUGCUUAAGGAGGUGGAGCUCGCUGACUUCAGACUGUUCCACAGCUGGUCCGACCCAAACAAGCCCCACCUCUUUUUGCACAAGAACCUAUGGAACACCAGCAGCGUGUUUCGGCUGGGCUGGGUUAACACCCGAUGGAAACCACGCUGACCAAUUACAUGGAAGCUCUGCAGACUAUAUCCAAUAGGAGCAGAGAAGGAAGAGAAUGUGAGUUUCCCUAGGAACGCCGAAAGACCCAGAAGUAACCUCUACUUCCAGGAACAAUGUGUGACCAGUCAGUGAACUCCCAUGGACACUAGAUAAGUCCACCCUAGAAUGGACAAGCAGAGUGCAAAAUUAUCAUUUUGUUGGAGAGUCUAAACAGGGUGAAAACGUCUCAGAGAAAACAGUUCUCAAGGAAAAGACUGUAAAAAACACUUUCGUUUCUAACCUUACCAACACUAAGCUGUCAGACUCAAACACAAACAUACACACAAAAUGCUCUCCUGGUGUAGGAAAGUACAACACACACACACACACACACACACACACACACACACACACACACACACACACACACACACACACACACACACACACACACACACACACACACACACACACACACACACACACACACACACACACACACAAAAUAACUCUCCUGCUGUUGGAAAGUGCUAUCUGUUGGAUGCACUAUAUCUGAACCCGUAUGAGAGUUAAUCUCUUAUUUGUGGGCUUGGCUCAUCAUGUUUGGGAAUUAGGCUAAUACUGGCUGUAGGCUGGAAACGUGACACAGGCUCUCCAUCUGAUUUCUGUAUUUAUGUCUAAUGCCCUGUCCCAGGCGGAGCACUGUAUGCUUAAGCCCUGUAGGAGCCUUGAAAAUGCUGAGUCAUGUUUCACCCAUCAGAUACCUGACACUCACUGGCCCACUUAUGGCUGAGGAGAUACAUGACUGGACAAGGUACAUUGCCACUCAAUCUCCCCUCCCUCUGUCCUUCCACACACACACACACACACACACACACACACACACACACACACACACACACACACACACACACACACACACACACACACACACACACACACACACACACACACACACACACACACUGUUGUCAGUAAAAGCAAUCAGCAGCACACACCAAUGGUGAAGACAGAUAUGGCAGGACACACCUCAUUUAUUCCCACUAACAUAAAAACUAGCACACGCACACAUGCACACACACACACACACACACACACACACACACACGCACACAUACACACAUACACACACACAAAUUACAGUUUUUUGGAGGGCCAUAAAACAGAGAUUUGGCUUCGUCCCCCCCUGUACAUAAGAACAUAAGCUGUUUUGCGGUAGAUGGCAAACAGAACCUGUACAGCAAUCAGUGAAAAUGAUGAAGAAACUGGGCAGGAGAGGAGAGAAAUGGUGACACACUUACGGCGUGAUGCACGUGAUGCAGCAGGGGGGAAUUUUCCAUAAAGCUAAUAUCACUGGACAGGCAGCAGCAGGAUCUGGCCCGGGGUCUGACAGGUUCAUGAGACAUCUGGACCAGAUCAGGACCAGACCGUGUUCCCAUUCAUUUCAUUUCCAAUGCAAAAUCUUAACCACUGAAAUAGGACAUCGUUAAAAGAAAAGUGUGUUACAUGAAAGCAAAUAAGAAAUCAAUUCGCCAGAGGGGAGUGGAUUAAGUACUAAUGCUUCUACUACAGUGACAGAAGUAAGCAUUGGGUGUAAUGCUCCGACAACCUCACAUUGUGAGCUGUUCACAAUUCAUCCUGUGAUAAAGAGAACAAUCAUUCUUAAUUCACAAUGACUUAGAAGAUACAAACACCUACACCACAAAACAAUAAUAAUGAUAAUAAAAGGUCAUGUUGAAUACAACGUGACGUCACAUUAUUGCUGUACCAGACCCUCAGGACCCACAUCAUGGACAACGUCAGAGACUUCAUUGUCUGUAGGCUAUCGUAAGUCAGAGUAACAUCAAAAUCGUGCAUAGUGCCCGGACCAGUAACGUGGCUCCAUAGCAACCGUGCCAUUUUCUUUAGCCACAUUGUCAUGAAUGACCUCUACAUUUUGGAUGUUGCGUUGCCUGUGCCGUGUCUGUGUCUUUGGUAGGGGUCAACAGGUCAGCAGUGUCCUGUGAGUUAGUCUGGUGUGAAUGGGAGGAAGGAAAGGAACCAAACUACCUUUGUGUGAACUGUGAAUGUGUGUAGAGCAUAGCAAACUGCUAACUGCCAAAUAAAGUUAUGACGUGCAGAGCAAUACACGUAAAACAAGUCUGGUCAAUUGGAAUUGCUUAGCUGUUCUUUUCUCCUG